GUUGACGAUUCCUCGCAUUCCAGUGCAGUAUUUUGGCUGAUUAUUUGUUUUUUAACUGGUUUGCAAAUCAUGGAUCAGUGCAAUGGUGAAUGCAAUUGAAAUUACACCAUAUGCAGUAAGAAUUUGAUGGAAAUAGUAAAGAUAAACAAGUAGGCGAGGGUGUUGAAGACUUGGCUUCACUGGAAACAAACUUGUUUUCCAAACGGAUGUCAUGCCACCCAGUGUGUUCAUUGGAGUGAGUGAGAGUGGCAAUAGUGGGCGCCAAACAGUCUCCCUGUACACAACAGAGACGGUAUUGGUGGGCAUUUCGUUGAUGAAUUUGGCUUUUACAGUUCGGAUACGUCAAGAGGGGGAAUUCUCUGAACAUCGUGAUUGAAAAUGGUGGCUACGUAAGCUCGACGUGCUGAAACCUCCGUCAUUUUUGUUGCUUUUUGGUGUUUUAUUUCAUAUUUAAUUACGAUUUCAGUAGUCACACAGUGCAAAAAUGGCACACGGACUAAAUUCUGUAAUCAAACGCGAUGUUGGUGCGGUUCAGUGCAAGCCCGAGGGCAAAACGGGCGUCGGAUCGCGACGAAUUUUUUCGCCGCAGUUCAAAUUGCAAGUGCUCGACUCCUAUCGGAACGAUGGCGAUUGUAAAGGGAACCAAAGGGCUACGGCCCGAAAGUACGGAAUUCAUCGUCGGCAAAUUCAAAAAUGGCUACAAGUUGAGGGCGCUCUUAGAAGUGGGGUGAGUGGCAAACACCAGUUAUCCACACAAACAGUUAAAAGUGAGGUGGCCUUGAACGGCCACAGACAGCGAGACGACGAAAGCAGCGCUCUUCGAAGCGCCAGCUUGGCUAGCGAAGCGCGCGUUCCUGCAAUGGAGCCCCCUGCUGGAUUUCGGGCGCACCACAUGGCGCCUAUAUGUUCCCCUGACCCCGCCAAACCUAUGGACCUGUCGUUCAAGCGGACGGCCACCUCACCGCACGCCUCUCCGUCCGUAGCCGCCUACUUUCCUGUGCUGGGGCCGUCAACAAGUCUGCCUACUUUGCGACAACCUGAUGUGUGGGAUUUGUCCAAGAAAAGCAAUAAGAGGAAAGCGGAUACCGUCAGCGCCACCGCUAAACCGGCCAAGUUGUUCAAACCUUAUUUGGAUGAUGACCGGGAGGUCAGUAGCAGCAGCGUCACUUUCGGCAACUCAGUCUCAUCAACAUCGCUCCCAGUAACACCCCCUCUUAUACAAAACAUCUACAGUCCCCAGUCUCUGUCUUUAUCCAGAAGCUCAUUUGAAUUAUAUUAUAAUAACAACAAUAUAGUUCAGGAUGCUAUCAAGUACGAGUGCGAAUGUGCUAGUCAUGAGCUGAAAGGUCCGGAAACUACACUACUUGGCUCGCCCUAUUACACGGACCUCAGUCCCAAGUAUCACUUGGAGCGCUACCUUCCCAGCCCCACCUACAUCCCUUAUGAGGAGCCGCCCGCCUACACCCAGUUGAAGCGCCGAGGAUCGUGCGGACUCGAUCUCGAUUUAAGUGCCAUUGAUUGUUCUCCAGAUUCGUUAUGCAAAGGAAACCCGAGGGCUGUUAUAAUGAAAUACAACAGUCCGUCAAGAGACGACUUUAAAUGGACACCCCACUAUGAGCUAAGACACACUAGUGAGUUGAAAGGGGAAAUCAAAGUGGAAUAUUGAGGCCAAAACAUGCAUCAUCAUACAAAAGUACAACAGCAGCAGUUUCUUUUCUAGAUCGUUGCUACGGUGUUGCACCGAUUUGCUCAUUAUUAGUUCUAGAUGAAGCCUUCAUUCACUUUGCUCAUUUACAAUAUAAUUAAAAAGAACCCUAAACAUAUAUAGAUUUUUCACAUACUGCUUGUUGGGUAUUACGCCUCAAAAAUUGUGUCUUAAAAAAAGACAGACAAAUAUAAAUAUAAAUCAAUCUGUAAUAAAAGACGUGAAGAAAUUCUGUUUUUUUUGAGGAGAAAUACCCAACAAGCAGUUUGUAAAAAAGCCGCCUCAACAACUUAUCUACGUAUAGAUUUGUUACAAAGUUUUAACAGUGUGCCUUUUAGUGAUAAGAAUUCAAUGUGCCAAAAUGUUUACACUUAGGCAGCUAUGUAAUCCUACUUAUAAAUACCUGAUAUACUUACGCAAUAUUUUUGUAUUUCUACUUAAUAGUGUAAGUACGAUUUUCUGUAAACGAUGGGCGAGAUUUUUUAUGGUUCACGCCAUUUUUGCCAUAGUCCUGUAAAUUAGUGGAGCACCGCCAAUUUAUAUUGCAAACCUUUAUUUGAGGUUCACUUGAUUGUAAUUAAAACGGUAUGUGAUUUAGAUUUUAAAUUAUUUCUAAAAAAAGACGAUAAAUAUAGUUGUAUAUAUUAUAAGAAAAUUUUCAUAAUUAACAUUUACACUAAAAUAUAUUUUUAAUAAUGAGGAAAUUGUUUUUAAUAUAUUUACUAAUUGAGAUACAAAUGUACAUAAAUUGAGGAAGAGCUAAUGCAGCUGCAAAGUGUCAAAACGUUUAUAAAUAUUGUAAUAUUUUAUAUUUGCAAAUUUUUUAUAUAUUAUUAAAAAUAAAAACGUAAUACAUGAA